CUUUCAACAGAAUAUGUUAAUUCGACUACUCCAAUGCUUCGGAGAUGUGGCAAAGGUCAUGAAUGGUCUACAACUCUUUAUCUAAUAAAAAAUAAGGGAAAAUGGUGCUCACAAUGUUCUGGUAAUUUUCCCUGUGGUCUCUCGGAAGCUAAGGAAAUUGCUCAUAGUAAAGGAGGUAUGUGUCUUUCUACGGAAUAUACAAAUCUCUGUGUUCCGAUGCAAUGGAUGUGUAAUAAAGGUCAUAAAUGGUUUGCUUCCAGCAUCCGCCGACCAGAUUUCUUGAAAAUACCUGAACAUCCUCGAGGACUAGAACUCGACAUCUAUUAUCCACAGUAUGGAUUUGCUAUAGAGGUACAAGGCAAACAACAUGAGCAACACAUAAAAUAUUUUCACAAAGGUCCAGAAGAAUUUGAAAAGCAGUUGAUGCGUGAUCAGCUCAAAAAAAAACUUUGCGAAAAGAAUUUGAUUGUUUUAAGAUAUGUUUGGUAUUACGAGGAUCCAAAUAUAGUCAUUCCAAAUCAUCUUCGAGAAUUGGGUCUUAUUGAAUAAACUCAAAUAUUUAAAUGCUUUUGCGAUUCGUUAUUAUUUUUUUCAAAUAUAAUUUUAUUCAUCUGGAAUUACACGAAAAAUCUAACUAAUUAUUAUGAGCGAAAUCUGGAUAAUCGUCUGCGCAAAUUAAGGUGGCUUAGUUUUCUGUCGCACAGGGUCU